AUGGAAGAUAUAAUCCUUACAACCACUCCAAUCUAUUAUCCAACUAAACGAAAAUUUUUACCGGAUGAUCCUUUCUUUGAACUUGGAAACCUAGAGUCUCGUGCUCAAUGGUUGGCCAAGAACACGUUUAUACCUUCUCAGAUCGCUGAGGAAGAACUUGGGCGAUUAGUCAAUCGAAAAUCAAUAAUUUGUCGCUUACAACCAUGGUGUAGGAGGAAUCCUAUCGAAUUUCCUUCGACUGUUUCCUAUGAGGCUCAUUACAAUAAUUCUCAUAAGCACGUUUGUAUGCAAUGCAAUAAAGUGUUUCCUACUGAGCGUUGGUUAAAACUUCAUUUGAUGGAAUUCCAUGAUGUAUUCUUUCAGAUAAAGAAGGAAAAAGGAAUUGUGCCAUUCAGUAUUCGAAAGAAUCAACAUUAUAAGAAAAAAAAGAAUAAAUUUAGUCAUAAGAAAAAUCGAUCAUCUGAAUUGAUUCAAACUGAACUUCAUAAAGAUUCACCAAUAUCAUCCAAAAAUGUAACAAAUAUAUCACCAUCAUCACCUUCACCGAAUUCUUUCAAUAAUGAAAAUUCUAAAGAAGAUAUAGAAAUAAGUGAUAUUACAGAAUCAAUGAAAAAACUUAAAAUGCCAAAUAUGCCUAAAGCCAUAAGCUUUGGACGUGGACACAGGGCUAAUGGAUGGUUUGGUGUUAGUCAUAAUAGUUUAGGAGGAGCACUAGAUGACAACAUUGAAGUAAUGGAAGACCAAGAAAUUGAAAUUUCACAUGAACAAAUGGAACUUGAAGAUCGAAUAGAAUCAUAA